AUGAAUAUCCUACAAGAACCCAUCGACUUCCUCAAGAAGGAUGAGAUUAAGAACAUCGACCUAUCCCAGAUGAGCAAAAAGGAAAGGUACAAAAUAUGGAAGAGGAUACCAAAAUGUGAAUUACAUUGCCACCUGGACCUCUGCUUCUCCGCAGAUUUCUUCCUGAGCUGCAUUCGAAAAUAUAAUUUACAACCCAAUUUAUCUGAUGAGGAAGUAUUAGAUUAUUACUUGUUUGCAAAAGGAGGAAAAUCUUUAGGAGAGUUUGUUGAGAAGGCAAUAAGAGUGGCUGAUAUAUUUCACGACUAUGAGGUGAUUGAAGAUUUGGCCAAGCAUGCUGUGUUUAACAAAUACAAAGAAGGAGUUGUCCUGAUGGAAUUCCGUUACUCACCAACCUUUGUUGCUUUUAAAUACAAGCUGGACAUUGAGCUGAUUCACCAAGCUAUCGUGAAGGGGAUAAAGGAAGUAGUGGAGUUGUUAGACCAUAAAAUUCACGUAGCUUUGAUGUGCAUUGGAGAUACAGGUCAUGAGGCAGCAAACAUUAAAGCAUCUGCUGAUUUCUGCUUAAAACAUAGGGCAGAUUUUGUAGGGUUCGAUCAUGGAGGACAUGAAGUGGAUUUAAAACAGUAUAAAGAAAUUUUCGAUUAUGUGAGAGAAAGUGGCAUACCUCUUUCUGUUCACGCAGGGGAAGAUGUUACCCUCCCAAAUUUGAACACUUUGUACUCAGCUAUACAAGUACUUAAAGUGGAAAGAAUUGGACAUGGAAUUAGGGUAUCUGAAUCGCAAGAACUAAUCGAUAUGGUUAAGGAGAAAAAUAUUUUACUUGAAGUUUGCCCCAUUUCAAAUGUGCUGCUGAAAAAUGCCAAGUCCAUGGAUACGCAUCCUAUUAGACAAUUGUACGAUGCUGGAGUGAAGGUCUCCGUCAAUUCGGACGAUCCUGGAAUGUUCCUUACCAACAUCAAUGACGAUUAUGAGGAGUUGUACACCCACUUGAAUUUUACUCUCGAAGAUUUUAUGAAGAUGAAUGAGUGGGCUUUGGAGAAGUCCUUCAUGGAUUCGAACAUAAAGGACAAAGUAAAGAACCUCUACUUUUAG